AGACCCAAAGGAGACCCGGACGGGUCAUUGCUGGCCGAACCGCAGCCGGGCAGGCCCGAGCUCGGAGGCGGGACUCUUUCUCUGAGGGGCGGGUCAAGUGCAGGCUCCGGCUCGGCCGGGGAGCUCAGCCCUUCGCCUCGGCCUCCCGCCCGGCCCCGCCCCGCCCCGAGGCUGAGGCCCAAGGUUCCCUCCUACCUGCCCUCGCCCAGGCCCGGCGGCUCCCGAGCGAGCCCCAAAGAGAAAUCAAAGUUCCUUUCCCAAGGGUCCUGCCAUUCCUGUGACUGAGAGAGCUGAUCUUCAGAGCCCUGUGGCAGAGCUGGUCCUGUACCCAGGGCGAUGGCCACAGCCCUCGGCCUGCAGCUCCAAUCUCCACCGGAGCAGGAAGAGAUCCUUAUUGUGAAGGUAGAAGAAGAUUUCCCUUGGCAAGGGGAGCCUCCUUCGCAGAGGAAUGAUCCCAGUCCCGAGACCUCCCGUCAGCUCUUCAGGCUGUUUUGCUAUCAGGAGGUGGCCGGACCCCGGGAGGCCCUCAGCCGCCUCUGGGAGCUCUGCUGUCGGUGGCUGCGGCCAGAGAUGCGUACCAAGGAGCAGAUCCUGGAGCUGUUGGUGCUGGAGCAGUUCCUGACGGUAUUGCCGGGGGAGAUCCAGACUUGGGUACGGGAACAGCAUCCAGAGAGUGGUGAGGAGGCGGUGGUCCUGGUCGAGGGUUUGCAGAGAGAGCCCAGGAAACAGAGGCGACAGGGAGCAGAGGCGAGGUCCCAAGAGGAGGGAGUGCGGAACUCCUGCCUCCGACCACAGAAACAGCCAAACCAUAGAUUUAAAAAGAAUGUCCAACUGCAGCCAAAGAGAGGUUCACCUGCUUCCCCGGUUUCUGCCCUCUUCAGGGAGGAGAACACUAGAGAACAGGAAACAGCAGCUACAUUCAUGUCUGCCUGGUCCCAGAUGCCAGUGACAUUUGAGGACAUGGCUAUGUACUUCUCCCAGGAGGAGUGGGGGCGCCUGGAUCCAGUUCAAAGAGAACACUAUGGGGAUGUCCUGCAGGAAAAAUAUGGGCUUCCUGCUCCCAAACCAAAUCUAAUUGCCCAACUGGAUCGAAGGGAAGGACUAUGGAACUCAAAUCUACAAGCUUUCAAGGAGGGGGAUAUUCUAAGAGAUAAUCACACAGGAUGUGAGAUCAAGAUUGAGAAUGAAGAAGAUUCCAGGGAGGAUUCCACCAUGAAAAUGGAGUUGUGUAAAACCCUGGCAAGGAAGUCCAGGGGACAUGGUCUUCAGCCAGCUUGUCAGGGACAGGCUUGUGUGAUUCAGUCAGAAUGGCAUCGGGGCUACCCACUAGUGGAGAGAGAGAGCCAAAUUUCUGUUCAGGAAAGGGAUCUAGGUCUUCAGAGAGCCCGUAUAGUAGAGAAACCCUACAAAUGCCUUGAAUGUGGGAAAAGCUUUAACAAAAGUUCUCAUUUGAUCAAACAUCAGAGAACACACACAGGGGAGAAACCCUACAAGUGUCUUGUAUGUGGAAAGGGCUUCAGUGACCGGUCCAAUUUCAGUACCCACCAGAGAAUUCACACAGGAGAAAAACCCUACAAAUGCAAUGAAUGUGGGAAGUGCUUCAGCCAGAGCUCAAGCCUUGUCAUACAUCGAAGAACUCACACUGGAGAGAGGCCCUAUAAAUGUGGGGAAUGUGGGAAAAGCUUCAAUAACAGCUCUCAUUUCAGUGCACACCGGAGAACCCACACAGGUGAGAAACCCUAUACGUGCCAGAAUUGUGGGAAAAGCUUUCGUCGGGGCACUGACCUUAAUAAGCACCAGAGAACCCAUACAGGAGAGAGACCCUAUAAAUGUGAGGUGUGUGGAAAAAGCUUCACACGGAAACACCAGCUUGUAACACAUCAGGAGAUUCAUGCAGGGGAGAGUCAUGCUCACUGACUGAGGUUUGGAGUCAUCUUCCACUGAAGCUCAGCUUUUCAGAGAUACCAGGAGCCUCUGGUGAUGGAAGGUGGGAAUUUUGAACAAUAUAACUGCUCUCCUCGUGUUUGAAGGAUAUUUGUUUUCAGGAUUUUGAACUUUACAACAUUAAGAUGAAACCAUUAACUUACAGAAUGUUUAGACUUGAACACAUUAUGGGUUAUCUGGCGGCAGCUACUACCAUGGCAUAUUAUAGUCUGAUUCUGUUACUGAUACCCAGGAAGCUUUAUGAGGGUGAAAAGAUUUCUGUUGCAGAAAUAUUCCUCAUAUUCCCACAUAUUGCAUGCCUCAGGCGUCACCACCAUUCUGAUCCUCUCUUGCCAACCAUUUUCAACUUGGUCUAUUGCCAUAAGAACAUAUCUCUGACCUUCUACUGAAUGUUGUUGAGAAAGUAGGAUUUACUUUAUAGAAAUGUGUUUUGUUGCCAAACUUGCUAGAACAUAUCUAUUCUGUAAAGGGAUAUUUUCCAUGUGCAGAUAUCUAAGAGAGAGAAUUCUUCCAUGCUGGCAUAUCACCUGCCCAGCUAAGCAAGCUCAGAACUUUCCUUUUUGAAUUGUUCCUGUUGAAUCCGAGAGCCUGGAGUCAAGAACUGUCUUCUGUUCUUAGCUCUGGGUUUAUCCACGAGUUUUUAGGUUUGUUUUUAUAGUCACCUCUGCCUGGGUCUUUACAAAGUUAAAAAGGUAUCAGCCAGGAGCUUCCAGUUCAACUCUCAGUCCUGUAUAGGCUGCUAAUGUUUGCCCCCUCCAAGCUAUUUGGUAUUUAUGGUGUGGUGAAUGGCUCUUGAAGAUGAAUAGAGAAUAACUCUUCGAUUAGAUCCAGAGAGCUGGUUUCCCAGUAAAAGCUAAUGAAGCUUGGUAGAUCUCAGUUCUUGCCAGGGAGGAACUAGCUAUUCCUCUCUUGGGGCAGUAUUUACUCGGCACCCAGCCUUGUUUUCCUUUCAGUUUUUCCCCAUCACCUAAAUUCGUAUGUGUAUUUUCACAUUUGGUAGUCUUACUUUCAUGUGAACCUAGCCUAGGGCCCUAGUAAGACUCUAAAAUAUAUAUAAAUACCUGCCCCUCUUCAUUCCUUUAAUAAAGGCAAUAACUUUUUUUUUGCCCUUCCUCGUUUUGUAUGUUUUUUGGAGAGUGGGAUUUAAAUAAGCCUUAAGUGUGAUCAAGUCCUCCUCUGGUGGUGCUUCAUUGUGGUGGGGUAGUGACCCUGGCUGCAUGAAGGCUGUACCACUACAUACAAGCUCUGGCAGGCCUUACUAAACUGGAAAGGAUUUCAGUAUGGCCUGGGCAUCUAAGGAUCAGUUGGGCUAAGUUUGCUGAGUCUAAUUAGAUUGCCUAUAAUGAGGGAUCUGCAUCAAUGAAGACAGGGUCCACAUCCAAGAAAUCAGACCCUUGGAAGUAUUAAUUUGGAUAUGAUAAGCAUCUCUUCCCAGUUUAGGUUUAGGAGCUCCUCAGCUGCACAAAUUUAGAAACCAAAAUAAAAUCUUUCCCUCCACUUUCAGGCUGGUUUGGUUUACUGCCAGCCCUAUUGUUCUCUGCCCAUUGUACCCAACCCUUUUCCUCCCUUCCCUUCCAAGUGGGGUUUUAUAAGCAUAAGAGUGGUGAAAUUCUUAGGGGUGGAUGGGAAUCACUGUGAACCAGGCUUUAGCACACUAUGCUAUGCAAAGCCUUAAGCUUACUCCCUAGUUUGGGAUACCAUCACAUCAUGUUGAAAAGACUGGGACCUGAGCACGGCUAGUACAUGACUUAUCCUGGAGCUUCAAGCUAUCAGUUGGCCCUAAAGGGUGUGGUCUUACUGAGAGAGUCCAUAGUUCUUGUACUGAAUGUAGUAUCUGGGUACUUCAUACUACUAUGAAUAAUCCUGAAUGUCAGGACUCACCUCACCUCUCUGACACAAUGCUGCAGCAAGACAUCUUGAAACCACUCUAGAUUAGGCUGGAUAGACUCCUUAGGCACAGCUUGGUCCAGGACUGCCCCUCCAGCAUAGUAACCAGCCCAUCUAGCUUUUAAAGGUGUGGGUCAGGGUGUCUCAAAUUUGUGAGCCAGAUAAUUGUAACUGUUGCCUCACGUGGUACCACAGCCUAAAGUGUAAGAAUGUUACAUCCUUGGCUCACCAGCACUAGUUUAGGAAUCAGGAGGAUGUUCCACCUUCAAAAAAUCACAACUCCUUCUUAAUUCAGUUUCCUAGUUCCUAGGGCCUUUAAUUCCUGAUUUUGAAUUGACACCUUUUCUUCUGAUUCUUCUCAUAGCCAUAUUAUUAAUAUGCCAGCUUAGAACCAUCAUUCCCCCCCAUCUCCCUCAACAGAUUAAUUCCAGACCCUAACAGUGUAAAAACACCUGCUCUUCAUUCUCUGGGGAUGGAGAUCCAAUCUCCCCUUGGGAUAUGGCCUGUGGUAGGGCAGCCCUUCAGUCUCUUUCCAAACCUCCCAGAUGUGUAACAAACUAAACCAAAAAAUGUUUUAGUACUGAGGAGGCCAGGACAGGAGUAGAAUUGGGAAUCUUAUAUUUGUUGGAAUGUAAUAAAAAUUUCCUAUUUUUCUUUC